AUGAGGGAAAUCGUGCACAUUCAAGCUGGCCAGUGCGGCAACCAAAUUGGCGCAAAGUUCUGGGAAGUGAUCAGCGACGAGCAUGGCAUCGACCCUACGGGCACCUACCAUGGCGACAGUGACCUACAGCUGGACAGAAUCAGUGUCUAUUACAAUGAAGCCUCUCUGCCUCUCUCUAAUGGAGGUGGUAAGUAUGUGCCCAGAGCCAUCCUAGUGGACCUGGAGCCUGGUACCAUGGACUCGGUGCGUUCUGGACCGUUUGGACAGAUCUUCAGACCUGACAACUUUGUGUUUGGUCAGAGUGGAGCUGGUAAUAACUGGGCUAAGGGACACUACACAGAGGGAGCAGAGCUGGUUGACUCUGUCCUGGAUGUGGUCCGUAAGGAGUCUGAAAGCUGUGACUGCCUCCAGGGUUUCCAGCUCACUCACUCCCUGGGUGGAGGAACAGGGUCAGGUAUGGGCACCUUGCUCAUCAGCAAGAUUCGGGAGGAGUACCCUGACCGAAUCAUGAACACCUUCAGCGUCGUGCCUUCCCCCAAGGUGUCCGACACGGUGGUGGAACCGUACAAUGCCACCCUGUCCGUGCACCAGCUGGUGGAGAACACGGAUGAGACCUACUGCAUUGACAACGAAGCUCUUUACGAUAUCUGCUUCCGCACGCUCAAACUCACCACGCCCACAUACGGCGACCUCAACCACCUGGUCUCCGCCACCAUGAGCGGGGUCACCACCUGCCUGCGUUUCCCGGGACAACUCAAUGCUGACCUGCGCAAACUGGCCGUUAACAUGGUACCUUUCCCCCGUCUCCACUUCUUCAUGCCUGGCUUUGCACCCCUCACCAGCAGGGGAAGCCAGCAGUACCGUGCUCUCACCGUCCCUGAACUCACCCAGCAAGUAUUUGAUGCUAAGAAUAUGAUGGCAGCUUGCGACCCACGUCAUGGGCGUUACUUGACCGUGGCCGCCGUCUUCCGUGGUCGCAUGUCCAUGAAGGAGGUGGACGAGCAGAUGCUGAAUGUGCAGAACAAGAACAGCAGCUACUUCGUGGAAUGGAUCCCCAACAACGUGAAAACUGCCGUCUGUGACAUUCCACCACGGGGUCUGAAAAUGGCCGUCACCUUUAUCGGGAACAGCACGGCCAUCCAGGAGCUCUUCAAGCGCAUUUCGGAGCAGUUCACGGCCAUGUUCCGCCGCAAGGCCUUCCUGCAUUGGUACACCGGAGAGGGCAUGGAUGAGAUGGAGUUCACCGAGGCCGAGAGCAACAUGAACGACCUGGUGUCCGAGUACCAGCAGUACCAGGAUGCCACGGCAGAGGAGGAGGGCGAAUUUGAGGAAGAAGCUGAGGAGGAUGCUUAGAGUACCAAAAUAGAGAAAAACAUGUCCUGAGG